ACUCACAUCUGCCAUUAGCACCACCACCUCCACAUCACAGCCAUGGAAGCGACGGGGGUGAGCUUGGGGAAGGCCGCGCUGGGCGGCGCACUCGGCUAUGCCACGUCCAAGGCGGCGGAGGAAAUCGCACUGCAGCUUGGUGUCGAGCGCGAUGUGAACUUCAUCAAGAACGAGCUGCAGAUGAUACAGUCGUUCCUGAUGACGGCUGAUGAGGAGCAAAUCCAGAACAAGGUGCUCACCACCUGGGUGAAACAGAUCGGGGCACUGGCCUACAAAGUGGAGGACAGUCUAAUGGACUUCGGCCUCCACUCGGAGAAAAAGUCAUUUUUGGGAUGCAUCCCUCACAACCCAUGUGAUCAACGCCGCAUCGCCAAAGAUGUGAAGCAGCUGAGGGCCGAGGUGGAGGACGUGAGCAACAGGAACCUGCGCUAUCGCCUCAUUAAGGAGAGCUCAGGUUCCGAGCCUACCAUGGCAGAGCAGCAGGCCAACAUUGCCACUGCAGCAAUGUUUGGCAUCAACGAAGCAAGUCUUACCGCCUUGGAGCAUAAAAAAUCAUCAGAGGUUGACCUCAACCAGCUAAUUACAAGCAAAGAUGUGAACCUUAGGGUGAUCGCCAUGUGGGGAACCAGCGGUGAUCUCGGGAAGACAUCCGCCAUAAACGAGCUUUAUGAUGACCCAAAGGUAAUGAAAAGGUUUGAGUUCCGUGCUUGGAUUAGGUUGAUGCAUCCUUUCAAUCCACAAGAGUUCCUCCAGAGCUUGGUAAGGCAAUUUUAUGAAAAUUCCCAUGAUGAUGUUGCAAAGCCAUCUUUCGGUCCACAAGAGUUCCUCCGGAGCUUGGUAAGGCAAUUCUAUGAGAGUUCGCUUGAUGAGGUUGGAAAGCCAGAAAAAGAAACAAGUGUUGGGGCCGUUCUAGCCAAGAUGGAGAAGAUGGAUCAAAGUGAUUUAGUCCGUGUGUUUAAUGCACAGUUGUGUGGCAAUAGCUACCUGGUUGUAAUUGAUGACCUAUCCACAUUAGUGGAAUGGCAUUGGAUAAGGAAGUACUUUCCUGACAACAAGAAACAAAGUAGAAUCAUCAUUUCCACUCAGCAAGCGGAAAUCGCAAGCUUGUGCACAGAGAAACCGUACCAAGUUUCGAUGUUCAAGCAGCUGUCAUAUGAUCAAACGAUUUAUUUGUUCCACAAGAAGCAGAAUUCAGAGGAAGCAAGUUUUACUGAUGUGGACCAGAAACUGGAGGCUAUGCGUGCCUCAUGUUCUGCCAACCCCUUUUCUGACCCGAACAAAGUUACUAGUACCGAGAAAAACACAGCAGUGCCCACUGAUGAAAUACAGGAGGGAAACCAAGAACGUAACAAUCCAGGUGAAGAAAAAGUUCAUGACAUAACUGGUAGAAAGAAGUUUGACCGCAGUAGGACAAUGGCACUGACUGAUGAAGUGCUAUAUGGGCGAGAAACAGAAAAAUCUGUUCUUAUUGAAAUAAUUGCCCAGCGAGACCACAGUCAUGGCUGUAAGGUGAUCUCAGUCUGGGGAAUGGGGGGUCUUGGAAAAACCACUCUUGUUCGAAGCAUCUAUCGAAGCCAACAGCUUAAUGACUGGAAGCGUGCUUGGGCCACUGUUUUGCGGCCUUUUAACCCUGAUGUACUUCUUAGAGAUUUGGCUUUGCAGCUUCAGAAUACUAUUCAAGAAGAUCCUGCUGGAUUAACAGAAACUGCAGCACAAACGAGAAGCAUAUCAGUGAUGAAUGUUCAAGAGUUGAAGGAGGAGGUAGCUCGGGUACUAAAAACAAAAAUGUGCCUUCUUGUUCUUGAUGAUAUAUUGUCCACUUCUGAAUGGGAUUUGGUGAAAUCGUGUUUGGAUAAUGCUGGAAGGAUCAUAGUGACCACAAGAGAAAAAAAUAUUGCCGAACAUUGUUCGAAAGAACACAUGUACCAUCUUAAAGGUCUGAAAGAUGAUGCUGCACUUGACCUCUUCAUUAAAAAGGUAUUCAAGAACAAUAUUAACAAAAAUGAUAUAGCCCCAGCUAUGAUGGAGCAAGCAAGACUUACCCUGCAGAAAUGUGACGGACUCCCCCUUGCAAUAUCGACUAUCGGUGGAUUCUUGGCCACUAAGCCAAAAAAUGCUAUUGAAUGGAAGAAGAUCAAUGAUAAUAUUAGCAUUGAAUUGGUGAUAAAUCCUGAACUUAGGACAAUAAAGACAAUUCUCAUGAGGAGCUACGAUGGUUUGCCAUACCAUCUGAAGGCUGUAUUCUUAUACAUGUCCAUAUUUCCAGAAGAUCACAGGAUUAGGUGGGGUCGCUUGGUGAGGCGGUGGAUUGCAGAGGGUUACUCAAGGGAUGUGCAUGGCAUGACUGCAGUUGAACUUUGUUGUCGGUACUUUGAUGAGCUCUUGGAUAGGAGUAUGAUCCUGCCAGGGGAAGGGAUAGAUCAAUACAUUCAGAAAAUCAAUUCUUGCCAACUUCAUGAUAUGAUCCGUGAAAUAUGCAUCUCAAAGGCUAUGGAGGAAAACUUUGUUUUCACGCUGGAGGAAGGAUGUUGUUUGAGCGACACACAAGGUGCAAUACGUCAUCUUGUCAUAGGCAGCAACUGGAAAAGGGAUAAAGAUGUGUUCGAACGGAUACUAGACUUGUCACACCUACGGUCAAUGACUGUGUUCGGAGAGUGGAGGUCAUUUUUCAUCUCUGAUAAUAUGAGGUUCCUGCGAGUGCUUGACUUGGAAGACACAAUUGGGCUAAGGGAUCAUCAUCUUGAUAAAAUCGGGCAGCUCCAUCACCUAAAGUACCUUUCUCUACGAGGAUGUCGCUGUAUCUUAUACCUGCCUGAUUCUUUGCAGAAUUUGAGGCACCUCCAAACACUUGAUGUUAGAGGUACACAUAUAAUUGAGUUGCCAAGAACAAUCACCAAUCUUAGCAAGCUACAGCACCUUCGUGCAGAUGGUGUUUUGAACAGAGGACGUGAUAUCAAGGGAGAGGACAUGGUAGAUAAAUAUUUAGGUACUGAUACAUGUGAUACAUGCAGCGUUUUGUUAUCGAGAGGUUAUCAUUUCUUGAGACCACAAGUUUUAGAUGCUGGUUUGAACAGGUAUGAUAUAUUCAAUCUAUACCGCUUCCACGACAGGAACCUACAUGGCGUUAUACUUCCUAUAGGGAUUGGUAAACUGAAGGCCCUUCACGCACUAGGUGUUGCUGAUGUUUCCAGGAGAAACGGAAAUGCCACUCUGAAAGAGGUCGGAAUGCUUACUCAGCUACGUAAGCUUAAAGUGGGUGGUGUGAACUACAGUAACGUCAAUGAGUUAUGGUCUGCCAUUGCUGGUCAUAAUCAACUUCAAUCUUUGUCAGUUGAAAUAGGUGACCUCUCCGAACAGAGGAAUGAGUUAGACGGCUGUUUGGGUGAGGGUUUGUUACCACCAAACAGCCUCGAGAGCCUCACUCUGCAUGGUAAGCUAGUCAAUGCUACAAAAUGGAUACAUAAGCUUCAGAAUCUCUCCAAGUUGGUACUACGGUUUAGCAACUUGGGGGAAGAUGAUGGCAUACAAGCCCUCGGGGUGCUACCAAAUAUGGUGGUUCUAUGCCUGAGGAGUUGCUCGUUCAAGGGGACUCAGCUCCGUUUCCAGAGGUCAACUUUCCAGAUCCUCAUGGUGCUGGAGCUCCAAGAGUUAGACAAUCUCCAGUUGGUGCUGUUUGAAGAAGACACAAUGCCCAAGCUUGAGCUGCUACAAAUUUGUGGGUGCCAAGGGUUGAAGGACAUCUCCCGAAUGCCAGCCCUGAAAAGCCUCAAGGAAAUUCGGUUGCAUUAUAGUGAAAAUGUGAAGAAAGAGGUGGAGAGGCAGGUGGCGGAGCAUAUGACGCACGUCAGACUCAAACAUUAUUGACUGACUACUAAACCCUCUUUCCCUCUCUCCCUCUCCCCCUCUCUGUUCCCAUCAGAUUCGUAUGAUGGUACUUUUCCUGCAUCUACUAUACAUAUAGUAGGACUAGUAAUUGAUGUAUAUGUUACAAAACAGAGUCACUCGGGCGUAUACAGCAACACUGUAAGUCUGUAAUGCAGCAGUGGUAUGUAUCACUUAAAACGCAAUACAUAACACUUCCUUUGCUGUC